AUGCUGGACCCGGAUGUGGGCUACCCGAAAGCCAGAAGUAUACUGAAGGAGAUGUUCGGCCAACCAUUCCGAGUGGCACAAAACAUGAUUGACGGGGUGCUAGCAGAGGCGAGGCGCACAAGAGGUGAUACCAGUUCUCUAGCAAACCUGGUCAUCAAGAUGCCGAACUGCAGCAUCGCCCUCAACCACCUCGAAUAUCGGUCGGAUCUGGAUGCACUUCACACGCUGGAAUCGAUUGUCAGAUGUUUGCCGGCCGAAAUGCAGACAGCCUGGGCGACCGAGGCCGAUCAAAUCGAGAAAAGGAACAGAGAAGCAACCUUUGACGAACUCACUCAAUUCAUGUGCUGCUAA